GCCAGCGGAGCGCAGAGCGCAGCGCUGAACCGGAGGAUCUGUCACACGCAGGAUCUCCACGCGCCUCCACUGGAUUUCACACACACACACAACACGCGUGGACCCACUGAGCGAACGAGGGAUCCGCCCAGGUGAGGUGAGGACGAAGUCUGCAACGCCCCCCCCAACCGUCCAUCAACGAGCCAAGUGCCUCGGUGCCGGCCACCCGCAGGUCACCUCAACCAGGACGGGCGCCAAACAUUAAAAAGUCUUGACCCAGUGUCCCUCAGACAACCUGCACAGAGCAAAUAUUUGAGGCCAUUAUAUCUAAUUUCUCCGAGCAGCUGUCACCGAAAAGAUCAACGGUGAAGGGUGUUGUAGGGAGAUACGAAAAAAAAGGAAAAGAGAGACGGGAAAGUGGGGGGAGGAAAACUUCAACCGUUCCAAAGUGCUCCCUGUGAGUUAUUUCUGCUGCUCUGUGGGCAGAGAGCGUCUCAUUUGGGAGAGCCUCUGGCUGACAAAAAAAGCACUUCCCUGUGCCCUGCCUUCCUCCCCAGAUGCCUGUGUAAAUACUGGAUAGAGAUAUCAAUUUGUGCCGGCCCAACAAAGAGACUGUUUUCUAUCUAUAGACGACGUUACGACAAACUUGGACCCUGCGGUCUCCUGAAUUGCAGCUUAUCUAUUACCCUUCAAGAGCUGUGAGAAACCGGAAUGUGACCGUUUCCUCGCCUUAACAACCUCUUCAAACACCCUCACUGGUUCAAAUCUACUCAGGGACCAAACAACAACUCCCUUGGGGGAAAGUGUGAGUCAUCGAGCGGCUGCAGUUUUGAUGCCUUUCCCUGCUCGGUGAGUCAACAUGAAACCGCUAACACCGAUUGGAUCCCCCUCUCCGCUGAGGCUCCUCAACAAGGGUCCGGACUACCUGCGCCGGCAGAUUGACGGCGGUGGCCAUGGUCGCUCGAUCAGCGCGGUGGAGAGGCUGGAGGCGGACAAAGCCAAAUAUGUGAAGAGCCAGCAGGUGAUCAACACCAAGCAGGAGCCGGUGCUGUCUCCCUGUGCGACGCCGCCGCCGCACCCCCGCCGAGGUGUUUCCAUCCCCGGGAGCCUGACCCCCCAUCUUCCCCCGCGUGGCUCAUCCAACACCCCCUUCUCCACACUCUCCGGCUCCUUCACCUCACGAGACGAAAAUGAAAACGAAGACUCCAGGAAGGAGAACAGACGGACUUCUCUCGACACUGAGACACGUAACAGGAGCAAUGUGACCAAAGUGAUGCCUCCGAGCCCCAGGACCCCAGGGAAUCACACCUUCGUGGCACCACACAGCGCCCCUGUGCUCAGGAGAAGCACUGGCAAGCGCAUGAUGAGGCCUGACUCGCUCCUCAUCUACCGGCAGAAGAAAGAGUGCAAAAGCCCCGGUGGUGCGACAGUGGGAGAGAACAAUAACUUGGAAGUGAAGGGAUACAGUUUUGUCCGGCGCCUCUUUCAGGGCUCCAUGAGGGAAAAGAGCGGCGGAGGUGAAGGCAGAAUUCAGAAAAUGGUGAUCGGUGAAGAAAAGGCACCAUCACGGGACGGAGACUCCCGCAUGUCUUGGACCAAUGACAAAGACACAGUGGACGGUGGACCAGGGAGCCGGAGGUCGAGUAAAACGGACCACGAACGCAGCCCGGGCUCGAUCCCUAGUCCUGGGUUCAGCUGCUCACUUGAAUGGACUAAGGAUGGAUUUACAAAUAGUGGCAGUGAGGAGGUCAUUAAUGGAAACCACUCGACCGACCACGAUGACGAGAACGACCCGUGGAGGCGGGCGUCUCCGCCACCGGUCCCCAGGAGGAGGUUCGGGCAGUUGCAUCGCUCCAAGUCGGACAUGCUUCUGCGCUGCUCCGUGGCGUUGUCAGAGCAGGAGCACUUCUUUGACUUCUGCGGGCUGGAUAUCGACUUGAUCGAGCGUCUGGGCCGGGAGAACUUCCUCUCCGGGGCCAGCUCCAUAGACACACUCUCGUUGGCGCUCCGCAGCUGCGGCGGUUCGGAGCCCAGCGAGUUCUCCCGACACUCGGGAGACGGCCUGUUCCAGGAGGAGCUGGCUGAGCAGGUUCCCACCGGAGUGUCGAUCAUCGAGAGAAACGCUCGGGUCAUUAAGUGGCUGUACAGCUGCAAGAACGCUGCUAAAGAGGGACCCAAGGAGUCGACUGUUUAGAACCAGGUCAAGGAGCCAUGUGCCAUGGAGUGCUGACAAUCUGCCAGUUUUAUUUUUAGCCAAACAUGAGUUUUUCAAUCUGAAAUCAUCUCUUGUCGUAUUUUUUUUUUUUUUACCCUUUGUGGAAAAAUGUAUCUCUGAAAUGCACCACAGACCCAAAGGCAAAUUCCCUUGAGCUGAAAAAUGAACGUUGGGAACGGGCUGUAAUUAGCCGGCCACAUUUGCUCCAAUGCAAAACAAAAGGGACAAAAAGAAUUUGCUUCUAUUUUUGAGCUGCGAGAGGAAAAGCGAGUGGAAGCGGCCGAGCUUUGCCGGGCGAAGCUGCCAGAGAAAAGUGUGAUUUUACUUUUAAACUUCAAACUAGAGUUGAUCCAGGGUUUGUUUUUCGUUCCAUGGCACAUUGAUAGCUUCACCCGACUCCAAAGAGACUGUGUCUUUAAGUGAGAGGACAGUGACUGCUACUAGUUAGCUUGUGUCAAAUUGAUAUAUUGUAUUUAUAGAUCCUAUGGAAGAAGUAUUGUGUGGGUGAAGAAGGACCUUACUGGCGAAUGGAACCAUUAUUCCCCUGCAAAUUGUUUUUGUGUCUGUAUGUGUGGUUGUGUGUUUGUGGAGCGGACAUCUUCGUCUUGUUCAUGUGUAGCUUCUAUAUUCAGUCAUUGACACAACCCUACUCUGAGCUGAUCUGAAAUCAGCCCUGUGACCGUCACUGGACACGGUGGACACACGGUUUAACACUCUCCCUUAAUUUAAAAAUGGAAAACCACUAAGCUACGUUUCGUUUUUUUCUAAACUGGAAAACUGUUUGUGUGAGUGUGAAGUGAACCCUGAGUACCUCAUUGGAAAUCUGUCCCAGUUCAGUUUGUGUGUGUGUGUGUGUGUGUGUGUGUUGCUCUUCUUUUUUUUCUACUCAUGAAACGCAGGCGUUGGAACAUGCGAGGCGCCCCUGUGGGGUUUGUUAAUGCACUGAAGUGGACAGGGAGAGAGGAAACCACAGAUAUGAGAUACACAGAGAUUCAUCACAUGUUACGUUCCACACUGAGCUGGAUCCAGAGCAGCACCUGCACCUUGGAGGGAGAGGGGCCGCGUCCUGAUCAUCUCAUCCUCUUCAAUUCUUUAUUUUUUUUUUAAGAGGAUCAAUUCUCACAUUGUAAACACUGUCCAAUGAUCAAUCGUGACACAGUUAUUGAUUAACACAGAUAACGCGCCUGUUCCAUUGGAUAUAGAUCUGCAGCCGAGGGGGAAACUGGACUUUGGAAAACAGACAUAGAAACAUUGAUAAUUUAAAUUCCACGAAAGAAGUUUCAGAAAACUUAGAAUAAUAUAAUAAAACUAGAUUUACCAGACUUGUAUUUGGAUCCACACCAAAUUACAAACACUCAUAAAUUUCUAUCUCCUUAAACAUUUGCUUGAUUUUAUUUAUCAAGAUCAAUGAAUUAAAAAUUAACGAAAAUGUUGAAAACCCCCAAAAUCUCACAAUGUUAAAGAAAGUGAAAGUUUUGACGUCACAGACCAACGCUGAUAAAACAUGAACCUCAUCGGCCGACGUAAUAAACAAAAAAGCAAAAGUGAACUUUAAGUCAUCAGCGCUCACUGCCAAAUGCUUUAGGUUGUUACCAUCUGGCCGUUUACAGAUGUUUAACCUCCCCAGCUGGCUCCCUCAGCCUGUUUCCCAUCAAAACAAGCAGGGGAGGCCCGAUCCCCUCUGAUAACAGAUCCUACCUCACUCCAUCCAUCCUUCAGGGAUCCUCACUAUCUCAGCUAAAGGUCAUUUCCAUCGCUUGGCCCCGAGGAUGCCACUGAAAUAUGAACUUAGGGGUCGGCUGAAGUAUGCGGAGGUUAGACCGAGACCAUCCCUGAACCCAGGGGAACAUUAUACUUGUGUAUGCGAUAAAUGAACACAAUUGUUUGUUGCCUUUAUAUAUAUUUUUCUGUAUACAACUCCUUUGUGAUGAUUUAUAUCUCCUCCCUGUUCAGAACACAUGUGGGUGCACGUUUACAAAGUGGCUCCGUAACUUCUGAAUCUCUUUUUUUCAUUUCAUGUAUAUGACGGAUUUUUAUUUUAUUCCAAAGAGAUGUGUGUGUGUGUAUGAUGUACACAGCAA